GAAGUUAGAGUAGAGGUGUUGUGUGGUAGGUUUGCUUAGAACAGAAAUCAAAGAGCAACUUUUCUGAGAGAAAAAAAUCUGCAAAUGAGAUGCUGUUUCUGCAACUUCCAUUGCUCCUGGCUCUUUUCGUGGGUGGAGACAAUGAAGAGAAUAAGAACUCUGUUCCAGAAGGCUUUCAGGAGCCCGUUUCCUUCAAAGUCAUCUGUGUCUUAUCCUUUCACAACAGUUCUUGGGUGCAAAGUCUGUGCUCAGGCUGGUUGGGUGAGUUGCAGACUCAUGGCUGGAAGAACAACCCUGGCACUAUUAUUUACCUGUGGCCUUGGUCCAAGGGCAACUUCAGCAAUGAGGAGUUGAUGGAAAUGCAAAAUUUUUUUCACAUGAGCUUCGUUAGAUUUGUUCAGGCAUUUUACAGCCUUGCCAAGAAAUGGAAAUUAGAAUAUCCCUUUGAGGGACAGAUAGCAAAAGGCUGUGAGCUGCAUGCUGGGGAAGCCCCAGUAGGCUUUAUUCGGACUGCUUAUCAAGGAUCAGACUUCUUGAGCUUUCAGAACAAGUCAUGGGUGUCCUCUCCAGAGGGUGGAAGGAGGGCUCAGAUCCUCAGAAGACUACUCAAUUUGUUCGAAGGAAACCAGGAAACAAUACACAAGCUGCUCAGUGAUACCUGCCCACGUUUCCUUUUGGGUCUUCUUGAUGCUGGGAAGGCAUAUCUCCAGAGACAAGUACGACCAGAGGCCUGGCUCUCCCCGGGCCCCAGUCCUGGCCCUGGCCAACUGACGCUGGUUUGUCAUGUCUCUGGCUUCUACCCAAAGCCCAUUUGGGUGAUGUGGAUGCGGGGUGAGCAGGAGCAACAGGGCACUCAGAGAAAUGACAUCUUACCUAACGCUGAUGGGACAUCGUAUCUUCGAGUUUCCUUGGAUGUGGAAGCCAGUGAGGCAUCUGGCCUGAGUUGCCGGGUGAGGCACAGCAGUCUAGGAGGCCAGGACAUCAUCCUCCACUGGGAUCAUCACAGCUCUGUGGGCUGGAUCGCCUUGGCAGUGAUAGUGACACUGGUGCUCAUGGCAGGUCUUGCAUUUUGGCUUUGGAAGCACUGGACACACCGUGAAUCCCCAAGCUCUAGUCUCCCUUUGGAAUGAGAUCCCAGCUGCCCAGGAACUCAGGACACAUCUAAACAGACUUAGGUGAUGAUGGCCUUUCCACUUUCCUUACAGAGAAUUUUUAGUUGUUGUGUUUUUUCGCUUAAUGAUCAAUUGUCAAUUAAGCUAAAUGCAUUUUUGCAGAAUUUGUCAUUCUAACCUGUGUUGGGGAUUUUAAAUACUGAAUGGAAUAAGGUUCUAGGAUCCUUCACAUAUUCAAAUGUGAGUGCAUCAUCAGGCUUAUUUCAGAUAUUACUUCCUCCAGAGGGUCUUUUCUCAUUCACAAGUGGAAGCUGUCUCUGCCUCGUCUGAACUGCCAUUGUAAUUUAACUGAACUUUUAAAGUCCUCCUCAUUUUAGACCCUUUGUUGUAGCGAUUUAUUUCCCCUUUCCCUUCUAUUUUAUAACCUUCUUGAGAACAAAGUCCAUGUCUUUUUACUAUUUGUAUCUAUGGCAAAAUGUCUUAUCUGUAUGUAGUAUGUUGUAAGUAAAAAUCUGGAUUGAAUUUAUUCUG